GUUCAACAUGAAGGGUCUGACGGUGAACGACAUGUGCCAGUGUGGCUUCUUGACUUACUUCCUCAUCUUCUCACUCACUUCUGUCAGCACGGCGGUCAGCUUCGACCUCACUGAGCUGAGGAACAAAGUGGCCAAAAUCAAUGUGCAUCCAAGAGGGAACCUUUGGGCGACAGGGCAUUUCAUGGGCAAAAAGAGUGUGAUGGACACGCCCUUGCUUUCAUCCGCUGAGGACCAGGAGUUGGGGGCCUUGGAGGACUCCCAACCGCAGGGGCCCACUGGCCUCAAGAAGCUUUUCCAGGACUUCCUGCGUGUGGCCAUACAAGCACAGAUGGACUCUCAAGAGAGCCACUUAAAAUCUCAGGAAGCUGAGAUGCUGAUGAGGAUUUUGGAGAUUUACAAACAAAGAAAAUGAAGAUCCGUGAUAGCCAUUAAGGACAGUCCACUACUCACCAUGAUUGUAAUCUACUCUCAAUUUUAUGCCAUAUGCAAUACUAGAUUUUUGUUUGUUUGUUUUUUUUUGGCUUUGGUUCCCUAAAUAGUCAGUCUUGUUUGCUUGAGUACAGUCAAUAAAAUCAUGAGUUCCAUUGUUGUUUGAUCUGCUAACAGGAAAAGACCUUAGAGUAUUGUAACGUUGUCUAUCAACUAUUUCGUGCGGUAUCAAGGUUUUUCCAUUUUUCUGCUAAAACACACUGAAAAUAGCACUUAUAUAAAUAAAUGUAGGCAGAUUAUGUGAAUCAUGUUUCUACUUGCCUGAAUAUGUUGAACGAAAUCAAUAUGAGCUUUCAAACUCUGGUGGCAAAAAGUGAUGAUUAACGCUCUGGAUCAAUAAUGGCUUAGCUUCUAGUGAAGGCUAUGUUAUAUAAAUGUUUUCUUUUAUUUAUUUAUUUUUUUUAAAAGAAAUAUAUAUUUUAUUACAGCAUUAUGAACGGUGAAGCUCCAACUUGAAAGCUGUAACCCACAAAAGCCACCAUAUCACACAGUGUUUAUUUACUUAUUUUAAUGGCUUAGUAAAUAAAAUAACAUGACUUGGUUAAAGAACUUACAGUACUGUCAUACUUUAUGCACUGUACAAUGUAAACCCAUAAUGAAAUGUGAUGAUUUAGCAAACAGAUUGUAAAUGCAUCUGUAUAUAAUGAGCCCAGUUGUGCCGUAAUGGUUAGUUCAUCUGCAUUACAGUGUUCCUCACCAUAACUCACAUUAUAUCCACUUCCUUAACCAGCACAACU